AUGACUGAACUAAAGAGCGCCACGCUUUGCGUCCUAGGCUGCGGCAACCUGGGAACCGCCAUAAUCAGCAGCCUAGCCUCGAACCCACCUACAAUCAACAACAGCGCAGUUUUCACACGCUUCAUCGCUUGUGUGCGGACACAGGGUUCGGAAAAUCGACUGAAAGAGCGACUAUCGCAUCUGGAAAACCUCUCCAUAUCCCGCAACAACAAUAUCAAAGCGAUUGAUGACUCUGCCGUCAUCAUUCUUGCGACUGAUCCCGCAGACGUUGAGAGGGUGCUGACACAGACUGGCUUCCGUGAUGCCAUCACCGACAAACUUCUGAUCAGCGUAGCAGCGGGUUGGACACAACAACGCUUGUACACAACUCUCUACGGCAACAACACACCCCGGGCUCGUGUCGUGCGGACUCUGCCGAACAUUGCUGCCUUGGUCUCGCAAUCAUUGACUGCGGUUGAAAACUCCAUGGAUUCUCCUUUGUCUCCGGAAUCGGCGGAAAUUACAGACGCGAUUUUCAACAGGAUCGGUCGUACUGUGCACGUCUCCCCGACACAGAUAGAAGCCAUUACUGCUGUUGGUGGUUCGACGCCUGCUUUCUUUGCGGUUAUUGUCGACGCAAUGAUCGACGCCGCCGUCGCGGUGGGACUCCCGAGAGACCUCGCGCAUACAGCUGUUUUCCAGGCCAUGCAGGGCACAGCAGGGAUUUUGCAGAGUGGAACCCAUCCAGCUUUGCUGAAGGAUCAAGGGACAUCGCCAGAGGGAUGCACCAUCGGAGGAUUGAUGGUGUUGGAAGAGGCAGGAGUCCGUGGUCAUGUUGGAAAGGCGUUGAGGGAGGCCGUUACUGUUGCAAGGCUUAUGGGAAAAGUUCCUCAUGUAAAUGAUACUCGGCAAUGA